AUGCAUUCUCAGAUAGACAUUGUCCGCGAGGAUGGUUCAAUUGUUUUCCAAAAUGGAAAGAUGGUAUAUGCCAAUACCAUUGUACAUUGUACUGGGUAUAAGUAUUACUUUCCAUUUCUUGAAACCAGUGGGUAUAUUAACAUUGAUGACAACCGCAUUGAUCCUCUCUACAAACAUAUCUUUCCACCUGCGCUUGCUCCCGGACUUUCCUUUAUUGGUUUAUCAGCAAAUGUUUUGCAAUUUUAUAUGUUUGAAGUCCAAAGCAAAUGGGUGGCUACAGUUUUAUCCGGACGAUGUGAAUACCUCAACUGGAUCACAGAACAAUGUGGAUUUCCACAUGUUGAACAGUGGAGAAUUCAAGAAAUAGUCCGGGGUUACCAAAGACUUGUGUUUCAGCCUGAGACUUUCCGUGAAGAAUGGGACGACGAUGAUCUCAUGAAAGAAGCUUACGAGGAUUUCGCUAGGCAAAAUUUGAUCAGCUUUCAUCCUUCUCGUUUCCUUGAAUCCAAAAGAUGA